AUCGGACUUUCCCACUCUCUAAUCUCUAUCUCUAUCAAAUUUCGUUCCCCAAUUUAGAUUUGGAUCGAAGACGAAGAAGAAGAAGAAAGAUGUCGGACUAUUUGCCUCAGGAAUCCAGAUCCCUAACCAAGAAGAUGAAUGCCUAUUUGCCUCCUGAAGUCAUCACGCUCAUCCUCCGCCGACUCCCGGUGGAAUCGGCGGUGAAAUGCACCGCCGUCUGCAAAUCCUGGUACGCUCUCAUCAAAGAUCCCUCUUUCAUUUCCACUCAUCUGCACCGGGCUGCGGCUCUCCAGGACGGCCUUCUCCUCCUCAGUUUCAUUGAGGACAGUGAGACUGAGAGAUAUGUUUAUGGUUUGUAUCGCGACAAUGAUGCCUUUGAAGAGUAUAAGCAGCUCUUCUUACCCUUCAAGCUAUCAAGGGAACCUGUGAUUGUUGGUUCAUGUAAUGGCCUGAUUUGCCUGGCACGUGUUGAGGAAGAUGCUUGGAAUAUAGUUUUGUGGAAUCCUUCCAUUCACAAACAUUUCAUUUUGCCCGAGCCUGAUUUGCCAGUGGCCUGCGAGGUCUAUUUUUUUCAUACGAUAGGUUUCGGGUUUGAUUCGGUAUCAAAUGACUACAAAGUGCUUCUAAUUCUGUCUGAUGGUGAAACCGAAGAUUUCAAUGAUGUCUGGUUAUUUUCCUUGAACGGGCGUUCUUGGAAGAGGCUUACUGAAGUUUCUCCCAUUAAUUGUGCUUCUUCCAUUUAUAGUUUUCAUGAAGUUGGGAUUAAGGUUUUUGUGAAUGGUGUUUUGCAUUAUGGCAUGCUUUCACCUAUGAUUUUUGCUUUUGAUAUAAGCACUGAAAAAUUCUUUGUGAUCAAUGUUCCUGAAACUUUAGCUCAGUUUGAAAAUCGAAUGUCCUUGAUUAAAUAUGAAGAAUCCAUUGCACUGGUUGCUCGGGGCAACUCACCUGGCCACAAAGAGUUGUGGGUCAUGAAGGAGUACGGUGUAGAUAGUUCAUGGACGAAGGUGUUACAUUCAGUUGACGAAAACGAAGAGUUAAAUCUUGGCAAAGUGGUUCAAGUAUUUGAUCUUAGGAAGGAAGGGAAACUUUUUUUAAGUGUGAGGAGGGAAUCUAGGGAUCAUGAGCACGAUUGUGAGCUAGCUGUGCUGGAUUUGAACUGCCACCAACGAGAACAUCAGAAGCAGCAGCUUAAGCGUCUUGGUGGAACAAACAGCUUUCAUUAUUUAUUUUUUGGUAGCUACGUGGAGAGCCUGGUGUUACUUGACAAAGGGAAAGAACAUAUUGUGGCGGGGGCAGUCUGAGUGAAUGAAAGUGAAGUAAGAUUAACUAUGACCGUCUGACACUCCUACUUACUCUUGAGAUUAAGAGUAAGACUCUCAAGUCUCAAGCUUGGAGUAUAUUCUUUGAUGCACUCUUAUAUACUGUACACUUGCAUUGUGUUUUAUGCUGCUUUGUUACCUAUAUGAAACAGGGAUACAAGUCACAAUUGAGGUUGGCUUUGAGUGUCUAUAGUCUUGACUACUUGAUUUUACAAGGAACAGUAUGUCUUGUGAUGAUGAUGGUGAUAGUGAGAAUGGUGAUGGUGAUGAUGUACUCUUUAUGACUCACACCCCCCUACCCUACGGUAAACGCGUGUAAUAUGUUUAUGGUGAUGAUGAAUUGAUGAUGUACUACUCUUCAUAGGUCAUUCCCCACUUGCUGUAAAAGUUGAUGAUACUAGCCUAGUUCUGUGGUUUGAUUCCCAUCUCUGCCUAUUUUCUUUAAAAUGCAUAGUUGCUUUGAAUGUAUACGUUUUUGAGCCGAGACUCUUGGCGGGGUGCUACUAGAAACUCUCUCUCCCCCUCGGUCACUUAGUAAAUAUAUAUAUUUUUUCUACUAUUCGUGACAAAAGAAUGCCACAGUUUGACCAAAAAAUAAAUAAAUUAUGGUAAUCCUU